AUGGACAACGAUUCCAGUGAUUCCACUAUCCCAGGUAGUGCUAGGUCGCUCCCCCCGCCAUUUGAUCAGGUUGAGAGUUAUCUUCGUCGGGCUGUUGUCAUCGCUGUCGAUCAAGCUGUCGCUCGCGCUACUGACAAUUGGGAUGCAAAGCUCCAAACCAUGCAAACUCAGCUCAAGAACGAACUUACUGUCGCUAUUAACGACGCCGUUCACAACGCUCUCAAGGGCCCGCUCGAGGAGUGGCUGAAGGAUCGCCAGUCUAUGCAUUUUCGCCUUCGAAACCUUGAAGCCGUCAGUGGAGAUAUCGGUCAAAAGUGA